ACAAAUACAAAACAACAAAAAUAUAAUAAAAAUACAUAUAUGUUUAAUACUGUGAAAAAAACAAACAAAAAAAUUACAUAGAUGUUAAACAAAAUAAAAUUCAAACGCGCGCGAAACUAAAAUUUAAAACAGAAAUCGGGCGCGUUCUAACUAUAAAAUUAAAACUAUAAAAACAGCAAAAAUUUAAAAUAUAAAUCGGGCGCGAAAUAAUUAGAAAAAUAUAAUCACACAAUAAAGCAACGAAGUCAUAUUGAAACAAUCUACAAAGGAGGAAACGGGAGCAAGAGGACACUAAACAAAGGAGGAAAUUAGGAAAGAACAUUAAACACAGGAGGAAAUUGGAGUAGAGGAUCACUAAACACAGGAGGAAACUAAAACAAAAGCAGGGGAUAAUAACUACAAAAUUAUCCAAUUUUACAUACGUAUUCUCCCAAAAACCCCUUGAGGCGAGACAAAAGCAAUAUGGACGUAGAAAUGGCAUCACCAUCAACGCCAACUAUGCGUUCGGUUGUUCCCGCUCCGCGCCCUGGAACUGCCCCAAUCGCAGCACGCCGGACCACCAUUCCAACCGCCGUGCCUCAACCAACAACAGGCACCACCGCGCCAACGGCCCCGGGCAAUAGCAUGGCAUCAACACCAGCAUCACCCGCACUAACAGCGGAUUUGCAGCGCAUUCGAUGCCCAUUGUGUCGACGCCCGCAUCGACUAUCGCACUGCGGCAUUUUUAAAGGCAUGCCACCGAUGCAACGCCAACAAGUUGCACAGGCACACGGCUAUUGCCUAAAUUGCCUGGGAACUACUCACGCAACGCAGGAGUGCCCGUCCAACAAUCGCUGCCAAAUCUGUGUGCGUUCGCAUCACACGCUGCUGCACCGCACUACCAGACGCGACGCAGGGCGACAAGCGGCUCCUCACACCAGUGAUAACAUCAGGCGUUCUCAAAGAGCGCCUUUGAUACAAUACCGCCGGCGUGGACCCCCGUCUGCAGAAUCCCGUCACUGGCAACACCGUGCCACAUCAGCACGACGUCAGCAGCCUAGGCCGCAAUCCCGCCGGUCAACAGGCCUCAGCAGCGUCGUAGCCACGCUACAGCAGUUACAGCGGCUUCUAGGCUAAACAUUCGCCUAGGGGGGCCGGGAUGGCUAAAUGAGUCAAAACGAAAAACACACUCAUAUCAUUUCACCACACUACAUCCACCUCAUCACGCCAGAGAACACUACACGUUAACGCACACACACACACAUACAUCAAAACACGAUGACAGCAUACAAACUUUAACAAAAAGGAAUAGAAAGGAUAGCACUUCACCUUUUUCUUUUCGAUAACGUCGUUCGCAUCGCACCUCCGUGUUCGCAGCAUCCCGGUUUUCCGAUAUUUGGCACCCGCUUAUAUGUUUCAACAUUUAACAUCCAUUUUUAAUACAACCAUUUUUGUAAACUAAAAUCACUAACGAUACAUACAUUUAUCAUAACGUUGUUCAAUAUAAAUACAUAAACAAUUCGUGAAUUAUUGUGUAAUAUUAUUAAAUUCAAUAAAUAUUUAUAACGUUUAUUCCGAAACAAGUGCGUUUCUUUCUUCCUUUAAAAAAAGGGAUUCGAAAUCAAAAGUGAACAUCAAGGUGAG